CCCAUGGCACGUGCUGCGGAAAAAGCCCUGACUGGGUUAUCAGCAAAAUUCCUAGCAAUGUCAGGCUGCCGAUUAUGUCAGUUAUGCCAUACAAGACACAGUUAUGUCUAUAGAUUACAUUUAUUCGCGAGUUACCACACUUCCUUGGUCAACGAGCAAAGGAAACGAAAACGGAAGCAAAAAGCAAGUCAAGUGGAGAUUCCAACCAUUCUCAGUGAAGAAGGAGAGCGAGCCCUUGAGGAAUUCCAGAACCCCAAGAGCUGUCUGCACAAUGUCCUUGCACUCGUUGCCAAAGAUGGCAAGGCCGGUAAUGUGUGUCAGUACAAGCUGCAGCCAGCCCAGGGAAACAGUAAGGUGAAGCAGAGCGUGCUGAGCGUGACCUGGCCACAGGAGUUCACCGUGGUGGGAUUAGGGAGACGACGGACCCAGGCAGAGAAGAUGGCUGCUGCACUGGCCUGCGCUAAGCUCAAGGAAUUUGGGGCUCUGGACGACAACAACAAACCAAGGAUUGCCGGGCAGGUGCUUCACAACAAGGAAGAUAUCAAGGAACAGCUGUGGCGGGAGAGUCGGCCAGACUGGAUCGGGCUGGAGCCAGAUCUAGGAGUGGAGAUCAAGCAGGUGCUCCAAGCCAUUAAGGCACGGCGCAUAGGCUCUGCAUGGAGAGAGCCAGCCGAUCAUGAUGAAAGCCGGGCAGAGAGCUUUGAAACUCUUUUCGAUUGCGACAGCCCAGAGGACCAGCUGUCUGAUGCAAUAACAGGGAAGCCCUACCAAGAAAUGACCGAGAGCAGGGCAGAGUGGAAGAACAACUACCUCGUCGAGCGGCAGGAGCUGCUUGAAGACAAGGCGCAGCAAGACUCUGAGGAGAGGAGCGUCAGGGAGGAAGCCCUGAAGCUCCCCAUCGCGGACAUGAGGGAGGAAAUUUUAGGUCUCGUCCGUGACAAUCAGGUGGUGGUUCUGUCUGGUGAGACAGGGUGUGGUAAAACCACCCAGGUGCCUCAAUACUUGCUGGAGGAAUGGAUUCACCAAGACAAGGGUGCCCACUGCAACGUCGUGGUUACACAGCCAAGACGAAUAAGCGCAGUGUCAGUCGCUGAACGGGUGGCCCUUGAACGUGGUGAACAAGUAGGGAACACCAUUGGUUACCAGGUUCGUCUCAGCAGCAAGCUCCCAUACAACAACGGCUGCAUACUCUUCUGCACGACCGGUAUUCUGCUGAAGAAGCUGGAAUCCAAUCCAAGUCUCACAGGCAUCAGUCACGUCAUUGUGGAUGAGGUCCACGAGCGUGACAUCAACACAGACUUUCUCCUGAUCCUCCUCAAGAACCUUCUCCGAGACAACCCCAACCUCAAGCUCAUCCUCAUGAGUGCAUCCAUCAAUGCACAGCUCAUCUCCUCCUACUUCAACGACUGUCCUAUGAUAAGUGUACCAGGGUUCAUGUAUCCCGUCAAAGAGUACUACUUGGAGGACGUUUCGGGCCUCCUGGGUGCGGGCAUUGGUGCCCAUGGCAAAGGUAACCGGGCAUCAACUUCCAUGGACGAGGAGUGCGAUGUUGUCAGGCCGUUGACUGAUGUGGACUUGGCCGUCAACAUAAUCAAGUUCAUUGAUGAAAGCAGGCCUCCUGGGGCUAUCCUUUGCUUUCUUCCUGGCUGGCAAGACAUCCGAUCAGUGUGUGACAGAUUGAAGGAUAUUUUGCCCAAUAGUGGGAAGCAUUUGAUAUUGCCUGUACAUUCCAGUGUGCCACUGUCUGCACAGCAGGACAUCUUUGAAAGGCCGCCACAUGGAAUACGGAAGAUUGUGCUUGCCACCAACAUAGCCGAGACAUCAAUAACCAUCAACGACGUGGUGUAUGUGGUCAAUCCGGGCAACCACAAAGAAGAUAGAUAUGACGUCAACUUAGGGGUGUCAUGUCUAGAUGUCCAGUGGAUUUCAAAGGCCAACGUCCGACAGCGCAAAGGUCGCGCAGGCCGCUGCCAGCCAGGGGAAUGCUAUCACUUUUUUAGCAAGAACCGAUACCUUCAGCUUGAGGAUUACCAGGCCCCUGAGAUGCUAAGGAUCCCCCUGGAGCAGAUAGUGGUUCAGGCCAAGGUUCACUUCAGAGACAUGAGUGCUGCUAGUCUCCUGAGCCAAGCAAUGCAGCCUCCUCCACUCUCAGCAGUGGAGAAAGCUGUGGAGGUUCUGCAAGAUCUUGCCAUCCUCAAAGACGAUGAAUCACUUACUGCCCUUGGGGACAAAAUAGUGGGUAUCUCUGCCGACCCCAGACUAGCCAAGGCUCUUGUGCUGUCUGCUGUGUUCAGAUGCGUGAGCCCCGUCCUAACAGUGGCUGCUGGCAUGCAUACCAGACCACCUUUCCUAGACUCCAUGGAGAACAGGGCGGCCAUUUUAAAGAUCAGGAAAUCAUUUGCGGAGGACAGUUGCAGCGAUCACGUCGCCCAAAUCCAGCUGUACGAAGCCUGGGAACAGGCCAUGUACGCAUACGAAGUGAGGACAUUCAAUAAAAGAAAUCUUGUCUAUCACUCCACAAUGCUGUUUAUCCAAGGUCUUCGCAAACAACUUGCAGACAACCUUGAGGAGGCAAGCUUGGUAGCAUCUUCUAAAGGCUGUCUCCAUGGAAAUGACACAAGCAAUGAGUUUGCUUUUGAUAACCAACUAGUCAAGGGUGUCCUGUGUGGGGCGUUUUUUCCAAAUUUGCUACGCGCGAGACGCGGACGGAUCGAGAGGUCCAGAAUGAAGCUCAGACAGUUGGUCUACAAAGACAUGGAAUCCAACGUAGUGCUGCUGAGCCGUCGCUCAGUGAACUGCACAGAGAAAUCGUUCCCCAGUCGCUGGCUCACCUACUUCUCAAAGGCAAGGAACGAGCAGAUCUUUAUUCACGAUACAUCCGUCGUUCAUCCCUUGGCUGUUCUCUGCAUGACUGGAAGGAAAGUGCAUGUGGCUCCAUUGACAAACAGAGAAUUACAAACGCAACUUGAGGAAAACACCAUCCAGGAUCCGGACACAGAGAUCGUAAAGCUUAUCGUUACCAGGAACGGCCAUUCGUCCAGAAACAGCCCUACCUACCACAGGACCCCUGUGGCCUUCUACACAACGUACGAAACGGCCAUGGCGCUGGUGGCCUUGAUACGAGAGGUCAACAUCAUGGUGGACGAGUGCCUGAAAGCGGAUCACAUCGACCAGUUGCCUCAAGAUGUCAAAGACAGACAUGAGGACGUCUUGGAGAUCUUGCAGAAGGUCAUCAACAGCCCUCAGUCCCCAUUUGUAGAUGCCGGCCAGAACAACGACAGCGAUGCCACCUCGAGCAGAAGCUCCUCGUCAACCCUCAACCUGAACCUCACCGCAUGGUAGCAACGACCUCGCCUGACGUCAGGGACCCAGUUUCCAGAAUGUCAGGAUUAUACCCGGUCACUGUAGUACUUGACAGCUUCUUCACUGCGAGUUCAUCUCCUGCCCUCUGGUAAUGUAGGCGCACACACAUUGACCCCUCAGGAUUUUAGAAUGACGUUAAUGACUUCAGUGUGCAUAGGAGAGAGACACAGAUUUGCAUAAAAAUAAUCAGAAAAAAAAAUCAGGACGUCGUAGCUGCAGAGACUUUAUUCUACAUCAUAUUGACAAAUCAUCCAAAGGAGGCAUUUGCCUGAUUAGUUUCUUAAUUGCAAUCACCUUCUUCAUUUCAGAGAAAAAAACCUCAUCACAAGAAACCAUUGAAUAAUGAUUUUAGGCUGCUGUUCUGUAUCUGUUAUGGAUAACACGGACAG